AUCGCAGUCCGAAGCUGGAACAAUGAGUGCGUCGAGUGAAGGUGGGGCGGGCGGGCCGGUGGGCGGUGGAGGUACAGCUACAGCGCCAUCAGCCACUGGAUCGUUAACCGCAUCCGCAACCGGCUCCACAUCUGCAUCCGCAUCCCUGGUAUCGCACUCACAUCCGCCCCUGCAGCUGCGCGGCGUCAUAAACAAGUACUCAUUGCCAUCCCAUUUGCCAUCCUCUGCAGCGCACCCGGCGGUGGCCGCCAAGAUCACCCACGUGAAAUCCGACGGCGGCGGCGGGAUAUCGAUCGGCACCCCGAUCCUCAGCGGAGGCACAAUCAAAGUGGCUGCUGCCAAUCCAGUUCAGCAAACCUCCAUGGGGGGCACGCCGAUUGCUCUGAGUGCAGGACAAGCGACCACGGCGGCCUCCAUACGAGCCAUUGGAGCCGGUGGCCAGUCCACGCAAGUCCGUGUAGUGAUGCCCAUGAUUAAGCAGCUGGAGAAUGUCACGGCCACGGGAAGAACUCAGAUUACGGCCAUACCAGCUGCUCCGGCCAGGAGUGUGGCAAAUGCCUCUAUCACGGUCACCAGGCCCGUGACCCAGGCUACUUACCUGCCGCGAGCCAGUGUGACGGCCACUCAGAUGGGUGGCGUUGGAGUUGGAGUUGGACAGCGGCUCGUGACGCCCCUGAGGGCCACAUCCUCGGCCACUGUGACGCCCACUGCCCCCACAGUUCUCAGUUCAACCGGUGGAUUUGUUCGCGGAGCAACUGCAUCGGUGAGCAGGAGUGGAGUGGCGCUCUCGUCGCAACCACCUUCGGCGGUGAUCUCGUCCAGCAAUAGUGCUGCCUGGAUGCAGAGUUCCACGGGACAGGUGCAACUGAUACGUGCCAUUCAUCAGCCGCGCCAGAGGAUUAUAACGACAUCCGCGGGGGUAUCCAAUGCCAGUGUGGUGACCACUACUCCAGUGCAGGCGCCAACAGCUUUAUCCGUUUCGGCUGGCCAGCCCUUGACGCCACAGCAGGCCGGUGGUCCAGGAGGAGGACCUCAGGCUUAUGUGGCCACUGUCUUGCCCCAGAGGCAGCACCAGGCCAUAGUUUACUCCUCCAACGUAUCUACGCCCAAUGUGAGUCAGAAUCGCCAGCAAUUUAAUCCUCGCUUCGGUGCCACGCCCACAGGUGGUGUAACAACCACGACUCCUGGAGGAACCACGGUAACACCUCGACAUGUGCGAUCCACCCCACUGGGAAAGAUUUUCCCUGGAGCCAAGCUGAACACCACGAGCAUAAGUAUCCGGGCUCCAAGCAUCCCGCAGCUGAAUACCAGCGUUACAGCUUCACCAAGCGUUAGUGUUUCUGGGGGAGCGACAGUGGCGCCCGGGCGGGGUCCCGGGGCCGGAGGAACUGCCCUGACGGCCACUAAUUUGCCCACCACUCGGAUCAUCCAACUGCAGCAGCCUGCGACGGGAACCGCUCAGCAGAUUAUCGGAUCCGGUGCCCGUUGCGGGAAUGUGAUGCUGCAACCCUUCUUGAUGAGCACCACCGCGGCGGCUAAGAUGGGCAUUCGACCACCGGUUACCAUGACCGCCAAAGUACAACCGUCGUUAACUAUAACUCAGCUCAAUCCUAUUGGCAAAUUGUCAGCCGCCGGAGGAACCACAGGGCCCACGAUGACGCCGCAGGGUGUGGCCAGCAUUCAGGCGGUACCAGUGCCGAAUGUCUCGGCCAGUGUGGUCAACCCGAGUUCUGUGGCAGGGGCCACUUCGGCGGCUGGAGGAGCCACUGUGCUGCCAUUGACGAUCAGCGGUAGGGGAGCAGGUGUGGGACCAGGGGGCAAUAUCCUCACGGGAACUCUGACGCCCAUCAAAAAUGCCAGCGGCAUUACCCUGGGCAAGAUGAUGAUGACUCCGGCCACGUCUGCGCCUGGAACAGAUGGAUCCGGCACUAGCGGGGCAACAGUGACUGGCUUCCAACGCGCCUGGAAUCCAGUGGUUGCUUCGCCGAGCCAGUUGAUGAAGAUCGAUGAGAAGGGAAGUGCUGCUACGAUUUACUACGAAUCCAUGCCGGCCUCCGCCUCCACGGGUGUUCUAUCAUUGACCACAACCACAGUGACGCAGAGCACCCAGGCACAGGCACAAUUGGUUAGCAGCGCCGGCGGUAGCAGCUUGUCAGUGUCUUCGCUGCCCUUCGCCAGCCAUGCGCCCACAGGAGCAGGAUCGGCCGGAGCCGGAUCACAGGCUACUUUCACUGUUUUGCCAUCAGGAGCUGGGGGAACGGCUACCAGGACUAUUGGCCAUCAGCAAUUAAUAAUACCAGCAGGACCAAACAGUGCACCUCCGCAGCACAUGGUCAUUCCGUUGCAUACCUCCGUGAAGGUGACAACAGGGGCGGGCAAUCCUCAACAGGCAGCAGGAAGUGGAACUCUGGUGCCCAAUUUCAUGCGGAAGCGGGAUUCAGACGGCUCUCCUAUCAGAGCGGCCAAAAAUUUGGGCCCUACUCUACUCUCAAUGGCCAGCAAUACUAGUGGACCAAAUAUGCCGCCAGCUCCGGGCACGACUUUCAAUAUUCAGCCAGUGUCAGUGGCAGUGCCUCAAUCAGUUAGCUCCGCACUGACUGUGGAAGCUUUGGCAAAGAAGGAACGGGAGCGGGUCGCCCAUGGAGUAGCAAGUAACGUGACUAGUGUGCCAAACACGGUGGGCACUGUAUCCUCAACGAGAAAUUCUAGAGCGGAUUCGCCAGCUUCUUCGGAUGGCUCAACGACAGUGUCGGCGAAUUCCUCACCUGGUGUAGAUCAGCAAUUGCAGGACAGAAUUGGCGAUCCGCCAGCAACUGGAGGCGCAAGUGGACGUGAUAACUCCACGCACUUUAAUCCUAUCAAUGAGUUGUACUCUUCGCACCAAUCGAUGCAGCAGAACCUUGGCCACUCGUCCCUUGGAUCUCGGAGUGGAAGCAGUGCCUUUGUGGACGUUCAAGCACCGACGCCACAGCAGCAGCAACCUCAGCAGCAGGCACCUCAUUUGGUGGGCUCAACCCAAAUGCAACAGCAGGCGGGAACGCGUAUGAAUGGGACUGGCAAUAGCUCGAGCUCCAGCUACGACUGCUCCUCCAGGAAGAAGCCACGCCGAUCAACAAAUGACAGCCAGCACUCCACCCAGAGCCAGGCAUCUUUGUCACUGCCUCCUCCCAGUGCAGACCCAACGCCACCGGCUGGCGCAUCCUACAUGCAGAAACACAACAAUGGAGGACUCCUAGUGGCAGCGGCGGCGCCGGGAGCUGUUCCUAAUAGCACAGCAGGCGAUGCCAACCAUCGUAACAGUGCGCCCGCUGUGACGGGCAACAAGGAGAACGCCAAUCCUGUGGACUUUGUCAUCCGUCGCCCACGCAAUUGUGCGCUGCUUAAUACAUAUAAACCCACGCAUAAGUUGGCCAACAACCACUUCCAUCGGUAUACGGAUGUUAAGCCAAGGGAGGAGCGAAAGGCCACGGUUAUUGAUCUAGCUAAUCAGCCAAAUGUCCAGGGCAAAAUUAAUGGAUGGAAAAUCUACCACUUGCGCUCACAAAUGGAGGACUUGAAUGAGUCCGAGGUUGUCAGCCUGGGAAGGCUUGAGACCAUGCUGCAGGAUCUGGAGAAGGACAAGGAGAAGCACAGCGAAAUGGAGCGUGUCACCGAGUUGCUAAAGGGCAACAUUCAGCGCAGCAAGAUAAUUACCGAUGGCAUCAACGAGGCGCAGAAUCAGUUGAUGAAGAUCUUCGAGCACAAGCCUCACGUUUCGGACAUAAUCACCCGAUGUGCCUCUAAGCGAAAUUUUAAGAAGCGCGAAAAGAUCUAAAAUCGUUUGACAGAAGGAAGCCCAGCCAAGUGUAUUAUAAAUUGCCUAAUUUAAAGCAGCAGAUUAGUUUUAAGUUAAUUACCUUAAACGCAAUCGAUUUGUAGGUCGUACAUUUAUAAAGUUAACCAGCAAUAUUUUUUCAAUUUCUUAAGAAAGAAACGAAAAUACAAGACACUCGAGUUG